AUGUCAUCAAACACUCGCCAAACACAGUCUCAUAUUUCUCUCCCGCCUGCCCGUCCGCAGCCCGCGACGUGCAUGUCGCAGACGGUGCCGAAGCAGAAGCUCAAGACCAUGGCGGAUCUGGACAAGGAGGAAGAGGCCAAGGUGGCGAAGACGCAUCGCCGGCGUAAGACGCUGGGUGAGCGCAUCGAGGCGUGGGUGGUCAUGAAGAGAUUUGUAAAUAUCUGA